AUAAACAUCAAUAACUAUCACAUUAGACACAUGGAUACUCAUGUAAUAUAGCAUCUGAGUAGAAAGUGUCUUUACAAAUGCAUAAAUAAGAUGUAUUAAUUUAAUGAUUAGGGUCUGUGCAGCUAUCACAAAGAGUAUCAUUUACAGAAAAAGGAUCUUAUCAAUUUUGAUAACAAAAAUAUAAAGUUAUGAC